AUGGCCGGGGAAAAGAAAGGUACCAAGCCCAGCAACAAGGCUGGCGCCGCCGCCAAAGCUGUGGUCAAGGGAGCUGGUUCCACCAAGGCUCGCAAGAUCCGCACCUCGACCACAUUCCACCUCCCCAAGACUCUCCAACUGUCGCGGUCUCCCAAGUACCCCCGCAAGUCGAUCCCUCAUGAGACUCGCCUCGACCACCACAAGGUCAUCAUCCACCCGCUUAACACGGAGAGCGCCAUGAAGAAGAUCGAGGAGAACAACACCCUUGUCUUCAUUGUCGAUGUCAAGGCCAACAAGCGCCAGAUCAAGGCUGCGCUGAAGAAGCUCUACGACGUUGACACCAUCAAGAUCAACACUCUUAUCAGACCCGAUGGCUCGAAGAAGGCCUUUGCCCGACUCACCCCUGAUGUGGAUGCGCUGGACAUUGCGGCUACCAAGCUCGCAAUUGUUUAA